CGAGUGCGCCGACAUCGAGCUCUGCCCCGACUGCUUCUCGGCGGGCGCCGAGAUCGGCCCGCACCGCCGAUGGCACGGAUACCAGCUGGUGGACGGCGGCCGCUUCACCCUCUGGGGCGCCGAGGCCGAGGGCGGCUGGAGCAGCCGCGAGGAGCAGCUGCUGCUGGACGCCAUCGAGCAGUUCGGCUUCGGGAACUGGGUCCGUUUGCCUCCCCCGGCCCGCCCGUGUCACAGACCUUGGAGCCUCUGGUCGCUGCUCGGCUUGUGCCGUCAGGGUGUCCGGCUGCGGACGGGCUGCGCACCUGCUCUGUCACCUGCGCUCAGCCCGGGCUGCAAACACCAGCAGUGAGGAAGCAGCAUCAUUUCAGAGUAACAGAAUGGGAGGACAUGGCUGCUCACGUGGGAGCAUCCCGGACACCUCAGGAGGUGAUGGAACACUACGUGAGCAUGUAUAUCCACGGCAACCUGGGGAAAGCCUGCAUCCCUGACACCAUUCCAAACAGAGUGACGGACCACACGUGUCCCAGUGGCGGCCCGCUGUCCCCCAGCCUGACCACGCCGCUGCCGCCGCUGGACAUCUCGGUGGCGGAGCAGCAGCAGUUGGGGUACAUGCCGCUCCGGGACGACUACGAGAUCGAGUACGACCAGGACGCCGAGACUCUGAUCAGCGGCCUCUCGGUGAACUACGACGACGACGAUGUGGAGAUAGAGCUAAAAAGGGCUCACGUGGACAUGUACGUCAGGAAACUCAAGGAAAGGCAGCGGCGGAAGAACAUCGCGCGGGACUAUAACUUGGUGCCGGCCUUCCUGGGGAAGGACAAAAAGGACAAGGAGAAAACUCCCAAACGGAAGAUCACAAAGGAAGAGAAGGAGUUGAGGCUGAAACUGAGGCCGUUGUACCAGUUCAUGUCUUGUAAGGAGUUUGAAGACUUCUUUGAGAACAUGCACAAGGAGAGGAUACUCCGAGCCAAGAUUCGGGAGCUGCAGCGGUAUCGGCGGAAUGGGAUCACCAAAAUGGAAGAGUCGGCAGAGUACGAGGCAGCCAGGCACAAACGGGAAAAGAGGAAGGAGAACAAAAACAUAGCUAGUUCCAAGAGAGGGAAGGAGGAGGGUAAAGAAGGUGAAUUUGCUGCCAUUGAAAACCUGCCUGGCUUUGAACUCUUAUCGGACAGGGAAAAGGUGCUCUGCAGCUCUCUGAACUUGAGUCCUGCACGUUAUCUGACUGUAAAAACUAUUAUCAUUAAAGACCAUCUCCAAAAAAGACAAGGAAUUCCUUCAAAGAGUCGCCUUCCCAGUUACUUAGAUAAGGUACUGAAGAAAAGGAUUUUAAACUUUCUCACAGAAAGUGGUUGGAUAUCCAGGGAUGCUUCAUGAAGCUCAGCUAUCUGAGAAAACACAGCAGAGACCCAUUACAGCCUCAAGGACUCCGUUAUUUUUUUCUUCCCUCCUCAAAGAUACAGGAAACAUGUCACUUAAAACCAGAAAAAGCAAAUACAUAAACCCCCCACUCAUCAUGAUCCAUGGUGGUUCAAAUAGACUUUUCUUUGGAUCAUGGAAAACACUCAAUUGUGAAACUUCUACAUUGGAUUUCACUGCUUUUGGUACAUUCUUAGAACAGAUUUUUUCAUGUGAACUUACUCAAGUCCAGUAGUCCCAGAGUAGUUGCUUUAGUCCAUACUGUUGGAUAAAUGAGUAUCAGUGUAAUCCUUGCUUUUCUUUGAAGGUAGGAGAUAGUUUCAUUUGCUGGGAACUUUCUUCAUCCUUUGUUUUGUUUUUUUCGGCAUAGUGCUGGCAGCAAAGUGAAGCUUGCAAAAGUCCUGGGCUUGGGAGCAGGGUGAGAAGGGACUUUUGUGACCAUUGCUAAGCUUUUGGAACAUUCUCCUUGGCAACUACAGCCAAGGCACAGGGGCAGCAGGGUGAGAGUUCCUGUCGAGAGUACAGCAGGGAGUGGAAGGAAAUGUGGCAGGUGAGAGGCUUCAGAGACUUGUGGAGGAGGUUCUUGAGGAGCUCCCUUCACACCCAGCUAAUCUGGGCAUCGUUUUGGCUUGAGUUUUUCCUGAAAUAGACCCCUCUGAAGCUUUGAUGUGACCUGAUUGAUACUGUAGUUUCAGGAAUACCCAGGAGCUGUGGGGCUGUGUUCCAGAGGAGGAGUCAGUGCUAUGGUGGGGGUCCCUGAUUUGGGCCAGAAAUGGGGCUGAGGACAAUAAGCAGCCAGUUGUCCUGCAGCAGUUGGGAGCCUCAGGCAGCAAAAGCACUGUUUUCUCUUGUUGGGGGAGCCUGCUCCUCCUUUGGGAUCUGUAACUGCUGAGCUGAUAAGGGCUGAGGAGGUGUAGUUGCCUCCUGACUUUAGCUGGGAAGGUCAGAGAAAGGGAGAGAGAUUCUCAAAUGGGGCAUGAUCACUGAGGUUGGUCUUUAAAAACAAAAGAAAGAAGUGAUGCAGAUCAUGUCAAAAUGCACAGCUGUGUUCUUAAAGUAUGGAGUGGUCAAUCCAGCUAUUACAGGGUUCUAGUUGAAUGUACCUUGAAAAGUACUGGCCUACACACGUUGAAACUGAAAUUACUGACAGGCAGGACAGUGCACCUUGAGAGGGAACUCAUCCCAGCUCUGACAGCUACAGCCUGGAGCCGUGCUGGAGCUGGGCACCAGCUGGGGUGUAACACAGCAGGUGACAGAAAUGCCAGAUCCACAGUACUGUUCUAGUAAGAUCUACUGAUUAAGGGAAAGAUGUUGAAGGAGGACUAUGAAAGGAUUUUUGUGCUCAUUUCAUCCUUAAAUUCCUGUGCUGGUAUUUAACCAAAUGAAUAAAAACUGGUGGUUGCCACAUGUGGAAGAUGGCACAGUGUUACUUGUGCCUGAGCCUCUCUGCUGGUCGUGUCUGGAGCUGGAAGCUGUGACUGGAGACCAGCUGGGCUGAUCUUCUGGAGUGUAGGUGUGCCAAAACUUGGAAUCUGACUGGCUUCAAAAUGAGUGCAAGCACUGGAAAGGUCAUCUUGCUUUGAUGCUUUGGGCUGUAGUCAGUGAGGAUAUCACAAAAUCUUGAAACAGUAUUAAUUCUGCAGUUUGGCAGAGGUAUUCUGAUCAGAACUGGAUUUCAGUUAAUACAUCCAGCAUUACCAAAAUAGUGUUACCAGUGAGUUUAGAAUAAAAGGGGUACAAUUACAAAGCCAGCAUUUCUAAGGAAGAAAAAAACCAAAACUCUAGUGCCUUUUCUUUUGAGCUUAUAAUAUUAUGUCCCUUCAAAAAAAGUUAAGGGCUAUGUCCUCUUGGACGUAAUACUUCGUUUGGCUUCUCCGUAAGUGGUUUGUUGUGGCCUCCUUGAGACCAAACUGUCUCUCCUUGGCAGCAGUGGAGCUAACUACAGCGUGCUGAGCAGCUUUAGGAACCACUUCCACCCUAAAUGCACAUACAAGCAGCACACAAGUUCAUGAGGUGUAAACCCCUGGUUAUUUUCUCUGU